AUGGGCAAGAGAUCAUCAUCCUCUGUUAUACCUGCUCCCGCUUCAAGCUCGAAGAAAGCCGUUAAAUCCACUCAGCAGCAGAAGAACCAAUCAACAUCAAACUCAACUUCGAUAGAUGAUAUCUUUGCUGCUCCGAAGAAGCGCAAAGCGGAAGAGCCAUUAAAAGAGGACAAAAAGAAAGAUAAGAAGAAGGACAUAAUAAAGUCGAAAUCAGGUACGAGUGAACCUGAACAGAAGAAGAAGAAGAAGAAGGAAUUGGUGAAAGAGAAGAACGAUAAACCAACUAAGAGAUCUAAAGUGAUAGACGAAGAGUCUGAAGAUUCUGUUGAUUUUGAUGAUGAAGAUUUUGAGGAGUUUGAAGAUUCGGAUGAUUUCGAGGAGGAAGAUGAGGAGAGACCCCCACAAAGAAAAGUAGAAGAGAUAAUUGAUCCUUCUUCACUCGCUGAGAUACGUAAGAAGAUAGAAGCUGCCAAAGCUACAUCGUCGAAGGGUGGUAAGAAGAUAAAGUCGAAUAAGGAUAGGGAGGAUGAUGCGUUGUUCGCUGAUUCGAGAGGUACAGGGACUGGACGUAAAACGGAAGAAGGUUAUGUGAUUUACAAGGAAGUUGAUUUACAGAUCGACCCUACUGCUGGAGGUACCCCCUUGUGUCCAUUCGAUUGUGAUUGUUGCUUCUAA